AUCCAGACAGACAGAAUGGCCUCCGUUGUCUUUGCCAAUGUGGCUUGGAUGCUGCUGUCCUGCCUCAUGCUUCAAUGUCAAGUGAAAGGGGAAGACUUGCAGAAGAAAAAAACAUCUGAGAAAAUCAAUUGCCCUAGCGGCUCCUUGUCCUAUGUCUCCAACUGCUAUGCCUUGUUUCUGUCACCCAAAACCUGGAUGGAUGCAAAUUUUGCAUGCCAGAAAAGGUCCCAAGGACACCUUGUGUCUGUGCUCACUGCCUCUGAGGGUUUCUUUGUGGCCUCCAUGAUCAGGAAAAUGGGGAAUAAGCAUGCAAACAUCUGGAUGGGACUCCAUGACCCCACAGAGGGCCUUCAACCCAAUGGAAAUGGCUGGGAAUGGAUCAACCAUGAUGUGCUGAAUUACCGUGCCUGGGAGAAACAUAACUCUAGCACUGCCCCAGGCUAUUGUGGGAGCCUUUCAGCAACCUCAAAUUAUGAACAAUGGAGAGAUUAUGACUGUGACAAGCUGCUUCCCUAUGUCUGCAAAUUCAAGAACUAA